CAACCUUGAUUUCACUCACUGUCUGAAACUUCGAGAAUCGCCCCCUAUACCCUCAUUCACUAUUCCCUACAUUACUCCACUAAUAUAGUCCAACCAGUAUCAUGUCAGUAUCGCAGAUAACGCCGACCCUCUUCCUGAGCGGGGCCGAUGCUCCUAUGAAUCAGGCACUAAUGACCCGCAAAGGCAUUACACUCAUUGUGAACGUGACCCUGUCCCACACCUGCCCCAUCUACCCCGGUGUGGAGUGCAUACGUGUUGCAGUGUCCGACCUCCCAAAUGCCCGUCUGGGGGAUCAUUUUGAGCACGUUUCAGCUCGCAUCCACAAUAACAGAGCUGGAGGAACGCUAGUGCACUGCGCCGCGGGCAUGAGUCGCUCGCCGGCUCUAAUAAUGGCCUACCUCAUGAGGUACAGAGGAGUGACUCUGAGACAGGCACACAACUGGGUUAAAGACAGCAGACCCUACAUCCGCCUUAACACGGGAUUCUGGACCCAACUUCUGAACUAUGAGAAGAAACUCUACGGGAAGAAUACUGUGAAAGUAGCAGAACCGCUGGAUCCAGUCCCAAUGCCCCAAACACCAAAACUACCUUCCAGGAACAACACGAGACAUUGUCCUCCAUCACCGAGGCUGAGACGGCUUAGAAGAUUCACCUCUUUGGCACUUUAAUCAACAAUAGCAAACUGAUCUUUUUGCCAAAUGUGGACAUUAAAUGUCCCAUUUUCAUAAUGUAAGGGCAGUAAAUAUCACUUUGGAUGGACAGGACCUUAUGCAGUGAAACAGACCAUAUCAGUACUUCAGCUUGACUGGUUUGUUUUUCUGCCAGCAUUUGAUUUGUUUGUUUUUGAUGUGGCCUGGCUGGAAUUCCGGGAAUAAAUGUUGAAAUGUU